ACAGAGGUUGGAAAAUGCUCAGAGGUGACAUCCCAACACAGAGUGAGGGAACCAGACUCGUUGGUCCGACAGGCAUUGACCUUCUGAAAAACAAGAAUAAGACGUAGCGGAUCAGGCGCGGCUCGGCCACCUCAGGCCGACAGAACAAGUAAGGACCGGCUGCGACACGAGGAAGAAGGCCCGUUGCCAAACCUGGUGCUUUCUUUCCCCGGUUUCCUCGCUCCCCAGCUGGGUAACCGGCGACUCCGAACAUCUCUUCCCACGAGGGACGGGAACUGGGCAGUGAUGGCUGAGGUGAAGGUGAAGGUACAGCCACCCGACGCGGAUCCCGUGGAAAUAGAAAACAGGAUUAUAGAAUUAUGUCACCAGUUCCCUCAUGGAAUCACAGACCAAGUAAUUCAGAAUGAAAUGCCUCAUAUAGAAGCCCAGCAGCGGGCAGUGGCCAUCAAUAGACUGCUGUCCAUGGGUCAGUUGGAUCUCUUAAGGAGCAAUACAGGCCUUCUGUAUAGAAUAAAGGAUUCUCAGAAUGCUGGCCCUGUCUCAUUCUUUUUAAGUAAAAUGAAAGGAUCAGAUAACCAAGAAAAACUGGUAUAUCAAAUCAUAGAGGAUGCAGGAAAUAAAGGAAUAUGGAGCAGAGAUAUCCGAUACAAAAGUAACUUGCCAUUAACAGAAAUUAACAAAAUUCUAAAGAAUUUGGAAAGUAAAAAGCUUAUCAAAGCUGUUAAGUCUGUGGCAGCCUCAAAAAAGAAAGUAUAUAUGCUCUAUAACCUGCAGCCAGACCGGUCUGUGACUGGUGGAGCCUGGUACAGUGACCAGGAUUUUGAAUCAGAAUUUGUAGAGGUGCUUAACCAACAGUGUUUUAAAUUUCUACAAACCAAGGCAGAAACAGCACGAGAAAGCAAACAGAAUCCAAUGAUACAAAGAAAUAGUUCAUUUGCCUCAUCACAUGAAGUAUGGAAGUACAUCUGUGAAUUGGGGAUCAGUAAGGUAGAAUUGUCCAUGGAGGACAUUGAAACUAUCUUAAAUACACUCAUUUAUGACGGGAAAGUAGAGAUGACUAUCAUCGCUGCAAAAGAAGGCACAGUUGGAAGUGUGGAUGGACACAUGAAACUGUAUAGAGCAGUCAAUCCUAUCAUCCCGCCCACAGGUUUGGUCCGGGCCCCCUGCGGACUCUGCCCGGUUUUUGACGACUGCCAUGAAGGUGGUGAGAUUUCACCAUCUAACUGUAUUUAUAUGACAGAGUGGCUCGAAUUUUAAGAGAGCUAGGAACUUUACUGACAUUUUGCAAAUGAGGUUACUUUGAGAGCAAAUAAUUUAAUUCGUGAUGGAAUAUCAAAUACCCUUGAAAACAAACUUCACAAUAAUGGAUAGACUAGCUGCUAUGAAAAAAUAUUUUUUUAUCUAUGAAGACUAAAUUUAUAAUGGUAGAGUAGCCAACGGAAUAUGAAGCAGGUAAGGCUAAUACUGAAAUCCAUUCUUCGAUAAAUACUUAGAACUUCUGGAAGACCACCUUCUGAAGCCUUCAAGACUUGUGAUGGUUCAUGGAAAAAGAAGCCAAUAAAUCUAAAUUUGCCAAAUACUAUGAUAAUGGCUAGAGCUUAAAAAUGCCCUUUUCCAAGUUAGUUAUUAAGAUCUUCAUUGGAAAUUUUUUACAUCUACUUCACUAUUGCCAUUUGUUUUCUCUUUCCUCAGUGGUUUCAUUGAGAAGUAAUUAAAAGUGAUGGGGCAGGAAUAGCACUUAGGGAAGAGUGGGGAAGACAGUGGAACAUCUCUUUUCUGCACAUUAUUAAUUCCUUAUGUCAGAAAUAUUAUUUCAGAGGAUUAUGCCUUUGUACUUACCUCAAAUGCAAAUGAUAACUAUUAUCAAGGAUUUUUAGUGCAUAGUUAGAUUAUUCUCAUCUUUAAGAGAAUGUUUUCACUGAUCCUUUGUUAAAGUCUUCCAAGUUUCA